AUGUGGGAGGUGCGGCAGAUUGGCGCUGGACGGACGGUAGAGUUUGUGGACACGAUGGUGUCAGUCUGGUCGCUGUCUGCCUGUGCCUUGCGGGUGCUCCGCUCCGAGGCUGAGAAGUUAAUGUAUGGUUUGCGAACAUAUUUCAAGAUGUUCUCUACGGCCCUCCUCGCCUCUGCUCUCGUCAGCUCAGCCGUAGCUUGGCCACCAGGACCACCUCACAACAACCCAUGGGGUCCGCCCAAUGGCCCAUCAUCCGGUCACCCUGGCGCUCCUCCCAGCCCGGUAGCUUCCCAACAUCAAUGGACCCUCAAGAACUUCACCUCCCUCGUCGUCUUCGGUGAUAGCUACACAGAUGACUCGCGUCUGGGCUACUUCAUAAACAACAAGGGUGCCGCACCACCCGUCGGCUACAACAACCCAGAGAGCCUGCACGCCUCCGACGGCGGCCGAAUCUGGGUCGAGUACGUCAAGCAAUACACCGGCGCCAACCUCUACAACUACGCCGUCUCGGGCGCCGUGUGCAGUAACGAGAUCACGCCUCGGUAUUUCAGCGCGAUCAAUGCCCCGUUCCCGGACAUCGCCGGCUAUGAAGUCCCAGCCUACCUGAACGAUUCCGCUUACGUCUACCCCAACGGAACGAAAUUCAUGGACGACCCGGCCGAUGCCACCGUGUACGCCAUCUGGAUUGGUACCAAUGACCUGGGCUACUCGGCCUUGAUCCAAGACGAGCAGGUGGCGGGCACGAAUAUCACGACUUAUGUCGAUUGUGUGUACGAUCAGCUAGAUCGCGUGUAUGCCAAUGGCGGUCGUUACUUCGUCAUCCUGAACGUGGCACCGUUGAAUUUGGCCCCGGAAUAUGGUAUCCUUGGUCAGGGCGGAGUGGGUCCGAAUCAGUACUGGCCGGACAAGAGUGGGAAUAUUAGCGAGAUCUCUGGGCGGAUGCUUGAGAGCGUGGUCACUGUCAAUUCGCUAUAUAAAUACCGCACCCCCUACGAGGUCGAGCUGGCGAAGAGGUAUGCUGGGGCCAGUUUCGCCGUGUAUAAUGUGCACGAUGUGUUCCAAGAUAUCCACAACAAUCCCUCCGCCUACCUUAACGGAUCCGCGCCACUCAAUGUCACUGGCUUCGUCAACCACUGCAACACUACUGGUGGCAACUGCGUGGCCAACACGAGCCCGGAUAGUUUCCUGUGGUACGAUGAGUUGCACCCGAGCGAGCAGACGCAGAGGCUUGUAGCGAAGAACUUUGUGGAUGUUGUCAAGGGUGUCAGCUCGUAUGCUACUUACUGGUCGAGCUAG